CAGGUGGAGCAGCAGGCCCUGGGCCAGCAGGCGGAGUGGCGGGCCCCGGGCCAGCAGGCGGAGUGGCGGGCCCCGGGCCACCAGGCGGAGUGGCGGGCGCCGGGCUCCCCGGCGGAGCGACAGGCAUUGGGCCCCCAGGCGGGGCGACAGGCAUCGGGCCCCCAGGCGGGGCGGCGGGCAUUGGGCCCCCAGGCGGGGCGACAGGCAUCGGGCCCCCAGGCGGAGCGGCGGGCGCCGGGCCCCCAGGAGGGGCGACAGGCAUCGGGCACGACAGUGGGCUCCGAGCGCAACUGGCAUGACCACGGGCACUGGGUCAGACAUUGGAUCAUCUGGCUGGACAGCGGGCAU